AGUGAGAGUGAGAGAGAGAGAGAGAGAGAGGGAGAGAGAAGAGAAGCAGAAAAGAUCCUGAAAGGAGGAAGAGGUGGUGAAAAUCAGCUGCUUUGCUGGAUUUGUCUUUCUCAGCACAUUGGCGAAGCCUUGGGUUUCUUUCUCAAAGGAUUGGUUUUUAGAAGUCCACAUUUGAGACUAGAACACUUCCUUGAAUUUCCUUUCUAGAAUGAGAACAUUUCUUGAAAGAUGAUUUCAUCCUUGUGAGGUUGUGGCUUCAGGAGGAGACAGAACUUUGUUCUUCCUCUCAAUAUAAACUAGCUCUCUCCAUCCUGCUUCCUCCUUGCUGUGGUGGCUGGGAUGCUUCUUCCAUGAUUUUUUUGAAUCUAGACUGGGCUGUUCUCUGUGUUAAAACAAUUACGAUCCUUCUCUUAACAGUGUGAAGUGAGGGGGGCCUUCUCCCUCCUUCCUCCUCCCUCUGUGAUCCACCUUCCUUUUUACCCUGCCSUGCCACGGCUCUGCCCCUUACCUUCAUGGACGACUCAGAGGUGGAGUCGACCGCCAGCAUCUUGGCCUCUGUGAAGGAACAAGAGGCCCAGUUUGAGAAGCUGACCCGGGCGCUGGAGGAGGAACGGCGCCACGUCUCGGCGCAACUGGAACGCGUCCGGGUCUCACCACAGGAUGCCAACCCACUCAUGGCCAACGGCACCCUCACACGCCGGCAUCAGAACGGCCGGUUUGUGGGCGAUGCUGACCUUGAGAGACAGAAGUUUUCAGAUUUGAAACUCAACGGACCCCAGGAUCACAGUCAUCUUCUAUAUAGCACCAUCCCCAGGAUGCAAGAGCCAGGGCAGAUUGUGGAGACUUACACAGAGGAGGACCCUGAAGGAGCCAUGUCUGUUGUUUCUGUGGAGACCUCAGAUGAUGGGACCACCCGGCGCACAGAGACCACAGUCAAGAAAGUAGUGAAGACAGUGACAACACGGACGGUACAGCCAGUCCCUGUGGGACCAGACGGGCUGCCUGUGGAUGCCUCAUCAGUUUCGAACAACUAUAUCCAGACUUUGGGUCGUGACUUCCGCAAGAAUGGCAAUGGUGGACCUGGUCCUUAUGUGAGCCAAGCAGGCACUGCUACCCUUCCGAGGAACUUCCACUACCCUCCUGAUGGUUAUAGCCGCCACUAUGAAGAUGGCUAUCCAGGUGGCAGUGACAACUAUGGCAGUCUAUCCCGGGUGACUCGCAUUGAGGAACGAUAUAGGCCCAGCAUGGAAGGCUACAGGGCACCUAGUAGACAGGAUGUCUAUGGGCCACAGCCCCAGGUUCGGGUAGGAGGGAGCAGUGUGGAUCUGCACCGCUUUCACCCAGAGCCUUACGGGUUAGAAGAUGACCAGCGUAGUAUGGGCUAUGAUGACCUUGAUUACGGUAUGAUGUCUGAUUAUGGCACUGCCCGUCGAACUGGGACACCCUCCGACCCUCGCCGCCGCCUCAGGAGUUAUGAAGACAUGAUUGGCGAGGAGGUACCAGCAGAUCAGUACUAUUGGGCUCCUUUGGCCCAGCAUGAGCGGGGAAGUUUAGCAAGCUUGGAUAGCCUUCGCAAGGGAGGCCCCCCACCUCCCAAUUGGAGACAGCCUGAGCUGCCAGAGGUUAUCGCCAUGCUGGGAUUCCGCUUGGAUGCUGUCAAGUCUAAUGCAGCUGCAUACUUGCAACACUUAUGCUACCGCAAUGACAAGGUGAAGACUGAUGUGCGGAAGCUGAAGGGCAUCCCAGUGCUGGUGGGAUUAUUAGACCACCCCAAAAAGGAAGUGCACCUUGGAGCAUGUGGAGCUCUCAAGAAUAUCUCUUUUGGACGUGACCAAGAUAACAAGAUUGCCAUAAAAAAUUGUGAUGGUGUUCCUGCCCUUGUGCGAUUGCUCCGAAAGGCUCGUGAUAUGGAUCUUACUGAAGUCAUUACUGGAACCCUGUGGAAUCUCUCAUCCCAUGACUCAAUCAAAAUGGAGAUUGUGGACCAUGCACUGCACGCCUUGACAGAUGAAGUGAUCAUUCCUCAUUCUGGUUGGGAGAGGGAACCUAAUGAAGAUUGUAAGCCACGCCAUAUUGAGUGGGAGUCGGUGCUCACCAACACAGCUGGCUGCCUUAGGAAUGUAAGCUCAGAGAGAAGUGAAGCUCGUCGGAAGCUUCGGGAAUGUGAUGGCUUAGUUGAUGCCCUUAUUUUCAUUGUUCAGGCUGAGAUUGGGCAGAAGGAUUCAGAUAGCAAGCUUGUGGAAAACUGCGUGUGCCUCCUUCGGAACUUAUCCUAUCAGGUUCACCGGGAGAUCCCACAGGCAGAGCGUUAUCAAGAGGCACCUCCCAGUGUUGCCAACAAUACUGGGCCACAUGCUGCCAGUUGCUUUGGGGCCAAGAAGGGCAAAGAUGAAUGGUUCUCCAGAGGGAAAAAACCCACAGAGGAUCCAGCAAAUGAUACAGUGGACUUCCCUAAAAGAACAAGUCCUGCUCGAGGCUAUGAGCUCUUAUUUCAGCCAGAGGUGGUUCGGAUAUAUAUCUCACUCCUUAAGGAGAGUAAAACUCCUGCUAUCCUAGAAGCCUCUGCUGGAGCCAUCCAGAACUUGUGUGCUGGGCGCUGGACGUAUGGUCGAUACAUCCGCUCUGCUCUGCGUCAAGAGAAGGCUCUCUCUGCCAUAGCUGACCUCCUGACCAAUGAACAUGAGCGGGUGGUGAAAGCUGCAUCUGGAGCAUUAAGAAAUCUGGCUGUGGAUGCACGCAAUAAGGAGUUAAUCGGUAAACAUGCUAUUCCUAACUUGGUAAAAAAUCUGCCUGGAGGGCAACAGAGCUCCUCUUGGAAUUUUUCUGAGGACACUGUGGUCUCUCUUUUGAACACCAUCAAUGAAGUUAUUGCUGAAAACUUAGAGGCUGCCAAAAAGCUUCGAGAGACGCAGGGUAUUGAGAAGCUAGUGUUGAUCAACAAAUCAGGGAAUCGCUCAGAAAAAGAAGUUCGAGCAGCAGCACUUGUAUUACAGACAAUCUGGGGAUAUAAGGAACUGAGGAAGCCCCUGGAAAAAGAAGGAUGGAAGAAAUCAGACUUCCAGGUGAAUCUAAACAAUGCUUCUAGAAGCCAGAGUAGUCAUUCAUAUGAUGAUAGCACUCUCCCUCUCAUUGACCGGAACCAAAAAUCAGAUAAGAAACCUGAUCGGGAAGAAAUUCAAAUGAGCAAUAUGGGAUCAAACACAAAAUUACUAGAUAACAACUAUUCCACACUGAAUGAGAGAGGGGACCACAACAGAACACUGGAUCGAUCUGGGGAUCUGGGAGAUAUGGAGCCAUUGAAGGGAACACCCUUGAUGCAGAAGAUUUAGCACCACUAUCUCUACUCCACCUGGGCUUAUAAUAUAUGUACUUUUAUUUUUUGGUGGUGAAAUGGACUGAUGAUUUUUCCCUCUCUUCGCUGGACUAUUGUGCCAACUGCCAGGCUGCCUCCUGCCCUUGUAGCCCAAAGCAGCUGCCUUCAUUCCAUCAACUCAACUUCUUCCAGUGAAAUUUAAUUGUCUCACCCCACCCCCUCAAUCCCUCCUGUUUCUCCCAAGAAACCUGACUCAGUUAUUUGCAUAUCUUGAGAAUGCUGCAGAUUAGCUCUUUUUGCCAGCUGUCCCUGGAACUCUUGGCCUUGUAUGUAGGGAGGGAGAGAGUGGGAAUCUUCACUGGAAGCCAUGGGAAGAAUUGGAAGUUAACAUUCUGUAUAUGCAAUGUCCAGCAACCUGCUAUACUGAUGAUUCUUAAUCAAGAUUAUUUUUCCUGGUGGGCAAGGGACUUUUUAAUUUUCUUUUGGAGAAUGGGAAGCACGAGCUCUUCUCUUAUUCCAGUGGCUAUUUAUGAAGCAAAGAAGGCUGGCAGCAGUGGUACAUUCCACUUGGCAGGGGCCCUCGAUUAAGUGAAGGCCUUCUAAAACUGGGAUUGAGAAUCCUUCUCUCCUCACCUCUGAGGUAGGGGCCAUCAAGGACCUACUGACYCCAUCUCUUCUGUAAGCCUCAUGCCAACCCUGGGCUGCUGCUGCCCCUUACUGAGGCUGUCCUUAACCUCCUCUCCCACCCUGUGAUAAGUCUGCUGACUUGUCCUGGCCAUUUGCAAGAAGCUGUAUAAAGAGGAGAAUGUCAAGGAAGACUUUCUGAUUGAGAAGGAGCAGAAAGAUGUCUUAUGAAAAGAAGAGGAACCUCUAGGAGGAGCUAGAAGGAAUGUACAUGAAGUGGUUAGUCUGAAACUGGCAGGAAGCUUCAAAUCUGGCUUCCCCCAACCCUUACCCCAUUUCUCCUAUUCCUACCCUAUAGGCCUGUCCUCCYCUGCCUCCUAUCUGGAUUGGUUGGCCAACUGUAGGACUUGAUGUACAUAACUCCUGUCCCCUUUACCCUUAUAAGGUGGGGAUUGCCCCUGGCUUUGCCUCUUCUUUGUGCCUUUGGCCUGGGGUAAAUCUCCUCCCUCCCUUUCAUGUGCCUUUCUUUGCCUCUGCAGUCUCAUUUCUCAUGAUUUUGCAAGUUCUAUUUUGUUGCUUUCUUACCCACUAUUAGCCCUCAAUAGCAGAAAGAAGAGGAGAGGUGACCUAGAGAGUCUCAAGAUUCUGGGGAUUGGCGUAGCCUCUGAUUUUAGCCACAGCAGGUUUUUGCUCAAUAGCAUGUAAUUGGGAUUUUGUAAAAAUCUCAUCUUGAUGGAUCUCAAAGUAAGAUUGGUAGGGGUGAGUGGUGUGACUCUUACUCCUUAGUUGUCCAGGAUAUACCAUAAUCUCUGAAGGGAUUAUAGUGAAAACAAGGUUUCUCCCUUCCCUGCAAUAUGCCCCUCUCACUUUUAGUGUAUAUUAGCAGGUUGGACUAAAGAAAUCAGCUGCUACGUGGGUUGAUUUUUUUUUUUUUUUUAACCCUUUUCCUUAUUUGCUUUCUACUUUCCUUAAUCUAAAAACUCUGUUCAAUGCAACUGGAAUUCUUAUUCCCUCUCUUCCCCUUCCCUUAUAUAUUGAGGCUAUGGGGUAGGAGAAAAGUGCACAACCCACCAACCCCUUUCCCUAUGCAUUAAAAUUCCUUAUUUACCUUCCUCCCAUUUCUUCCCACUCUCAUC